UCCACCAUCAACCUUCAUGUAACAGAUAAUUAUUUAAGAAGUUCAAUAAUAUCUUAAAGUAUUUUGAAUACAUAUUAAGAAUUAAGAUCAUAUUUGGUAAAAGUUCUUUUUGUGAUUUUAAAUGUUUCGGGUUCUAUCGGAUAACCAUUUAGGUCUGGGUUCGGUUCGGAUAAUACCCAUAACCCAAAAUACCAAAAAUCAGGAUCCAUUCGGUAUUUAUGUCGAGUUCGGAUCGGUUCGAAUUCAGUUUUAUUGGAUCGGGUUCGGUUCGAAUUUUCGGGUUCGGUUUAUUUGCCCAGGUAUUAUCCGAACCGAACCCAAUUUGAGUUUGUUUUGGAUUAUAUAUCCAUGACUGUAGGCGUUCCGUCGAAAGGUUAACGAACUGCAUCCCGGUUUCUUAUACUUGAAACGCCAUACAGUCAAGCUCUUACCCCAAAAAAAAAAAAAAAAAAACUCUUCAAGCUAAAAACAUCGCGCGUCUCCCUCCUCCAAUUAAAUUCAAAUCAGAGAAAGAAAAAAAUCUGGAAAUGGAGGAAGACGCAUCGAUGAAGUUCUUCUCGGAUCAAAACACCUCUUACGCUGAUAUCCUUCCUCCUCACGAAGCUCGUGCUAGAAUCGAAGUUUCCGUUCUCAAUCUCCUCAGAGUGUUGAAUUCUCCAGAUCCAGCCAUCUCUGAUCUCUCCCUGAUCAAUAGGAAGAGAAGCAAUAGCUAUAUAAACCAAGGCAUACUCACAGACGUUUCAUACAUAUUCCUCUCUACUUCCUUCACCAAAAGCUCCUUGACCAAUGCUAAAACUGCCAAAGCUUUCGUGCGCGUGUGGAAAGUUAUGGAGAUGUGCUUUCAGAUUCUGCUUCAAGAGAAACGAGUCACUCAAAGAGAGCUCUUCUAUAAACUGCUUUGUGAUUCACCUGACUUGUUUUCUUCUCAGAUUGAAGUCAACCGAAGCGUCCAAGACGUGGUAGCUCUUUUGCGUUGCAGUAGAUUCAGUCUUGGGAUCAUGGCUUCUACCAGAGGCCUUGUUGCUGGAAGGUUAUCCCUUCAAGAACCAGGUAAGGAACCUGUAGACUGUUCAGCCUGUGGCUCUUCUGGUUUUCCUAUUUCAGGAGACUUGAAUUUGCUUGACAACACCAUCAUGACAAGCGAUGCUCGCUAUAUCAUUCUUGUGGAAAAGCAUGCGAUUUUUCAUCGGCUUGUGGAAGAUCGUGUGUUCAAUCACAUUCCUUGUGUGUUCAUCACCGCAAAAGGGUAUCCGGACAUUGCCACAAGGUUUUUCCUUCAUCGGAUGAGCAUAACAUUUCCUCAUCUGCCAAUUCUUGCUCUAGUAGAUUGGAAUCCAGCUGGGUUAGCUAUACUAUGCACCUUCAAGUUUGGGAGCAUAGGGAUGGGUCUUGAAGCUUACAGAUAUGGUACAAAGACUCAAACCUUUGCAUCACAUUAUAUUCCCACUUUAAUGAUGGUUUUUGGUUCGUCUGUAGCUUGCAAUGUUAAGUGGAUUGGGCUCAGAGGAGAUGAUCUUAACCUGAUACCAGAAGAGUCUUUGGUUCCUCUCAAGGCAAAGGACUCGCAGAUUGCUAAAAGCUUAUUGUCCUCCAAAAUCUUGCAGGAGAACUACAGAGAGGAGCUGUCACUGAUGAUCGAAACUGGUAAGAGAGCUGAAAUUGAAGCUCUGUAUUGCCAUGGUUAUAACUAUCUCGGGAAAUAUAUAGCCACCAAGAUCGUUCAGGGCAAAUACAUAUAACACUAAAAACACACCAGCGUUUAAUUUCCACAAGCACAAUAGAGAAGAGUUUGUUCUAUAUCUGCCUCUUAAACAAAGGAGAUUAGUUUGACUUACUAUGGUGAAGUUUUAUGCAGACUCUCAUAAAUAUAAUGUAUGAAUAAAAUUACAAACACAUCAAAAUUUCAAAAUGAAAGAUAUUUGUUAUACAUAUGGCAUGGUGAUGAUUCAGUAACAAAACUUGCCCUAAUCUCCACUGUCCUAUGCAGGUAUAACG